CGUUCGACUUUUCGAGUUAUGUCACACUGAGCUUAUGGUGAAAAUUACACUAUGUCAUUAGAGUGGUGGCAAAAAAGUGUUGUGUAUCAUGUUUAUCUAUCAUCAUUCAAAGACAGUAAUAACGAUGGUAUUGGAGACAUUCAAGGACUGAUAUCAAGCUUAGAUUAUUUCGUGGAACUAAACGUUUCCACUUUGAUGUUAAGUCCAUUUUAUCCGUCUCCUAUGAAAGAUAAUGGUUAUGACAUAGUUGACUUCACUGACAUCGAUCCCAGGUAUGGAAAUAUGGACGAUUUCAAGGAAUUUAUGAUGCAAGCGAAAAAUCGAGGCAUGCAUAUUUUAAUAGAUUUUGUGGCAAAUCAUACAAGUGACCAGCAUCCAUGGUUUUUGAAAAGUAUUGAAAGAGAAGAACCAUAUGGUGACUAUUAUGUUUGGGUUGAUGCAGCUCCUGAAUCCAAUUUGAAUAAUCCUGUUCCACCUAAUAACUGGCUGAGUGUAUUUGACUAUUCUGCUUGGACUUGGAAUGAAAAAAGACAACAAUUUUAUUUGCACCAGUUUUUACCAGAGCAGCCUGAUUUAAAUUUUCGGAACCGGAAAGUGAGAGAGGAAAUGAAGAAAGUUUUAGUGUUUUGGCUUGAAAAAGGUGUUGAUGGCUUUAGAGUAGAUGCUGUGAGUCAUAUUUUUGAAGAUGAGCAGUUACGAGAUGAACCUGUUGCUGAAGAUUCUGGGGCAAAAAAAGAUGAGUACAGAUAUUUAGAUCACAUUUACACUAAAGGUAUGAAAGAAAACCUUGAUAUAUUAAUAGAGUGGAGGCAGUUGUUAGAAGAAUAUGCUUUAGUCACAGGAAAAUCUAAGAUCUUGUUUGUAGAAGCUACAGAAGAAAUUCAGGACAUUAUGUGCUAUUAUGGAUCAAGCAGUUACAAAAUUGCAGAUUUCCCUUUGAAUUUUGAAUUAUAUAAAAUUACAACUGACACGACUGGAAAAGAGCUUAAAGAGAAUAUUGAAUCUUGGCUUGAAAAUAUGCCCAAAGGAAAAUUACCUAAUUGGGUGCUGAGCUCCCAUGAUUACUCUCGAGUAAAUUCUCGUGUUGGGAAAACUUUAGGACUUUCUCUUUACAUGAUUACCAUGAUAUUACCUGGAUUACCAUUUGUAUAUUAUGGUGAUGAGUUAGGAAUGUUGAAUGGAGUUAUAGAUCUUGAAGACAUAAAGGAUAGCUAUGCUUUGAGAACUACCCCAUCAAAUUCUCGGGAUCCUAUGCGUACUCCUAUGCAAUGGAACUCUGAAGUGAAUUCUGGAUUUACAAGCCAUUCUAAACCCUGGUUACCUGUAUGUGAAGAUUAUGAAACUGUAAACGUUGACGAAGAAAGGAAAGACCCGUUAUCAGUCCUGAAUACCUUCAAACACUUGAUAAAGUUAAGGCAAGAACCUUCUGUUCUACUUGGUGUAUUGGAAUACCCAUUAAUAAACGAGCAAAUAUUUUCUUGUCUUCGAUUUCUCGCCAACGUGAAAUGCUAUUUACUCCUUUUGAAUAUCAGCUCCCGUCCUGCUUUGGUAGAUUUAUCUAAAUCACAGUGUACAUUAUUGCCAAGUGUAGCUUGUGUAGAAGUUAUUAAUAAAGAAAGCUUGCAGCAAAGCCAAUCAAGUCAUUCAACAAAGAUCAUUUAUGAUGGUGAAGAACCUUCUCCUAUAGGAUAUGCCAAAAAUGUUGCAAAAGGUGCUACAAAUGUUCUAUCGGCUGAUAAUGUGUAUAUGAAAGGAAAUCAGAUUUGCUUAGAAAAUAUUUUUUUAAGACCAAAAGAAGCACUAAUAUUGUCUUUUAUAGGAAAGUUGUAAAUAGUAUUUAUUUUAUAAAUUUACUAUUUAUAAAUUUAUUUAUAUUUCUUACUUAUUGUUACCUUGUUGUAAAUUUUCUCUUGGCAUAUGUAAAUAUGACCUUGU